AGUUGAGGCGCGGGUUUGGUGCGCGGUUCAGCGGAGUCGCACGUGAAGGAUAGCGGUGGCUGGAGCCGGUCAUGGCAGGCUCAGGCAGCAGUCUACCGUGGAGCAAGCAUCUGUUCAGAGCCUUCCUGAUGGUCCUGCUGGUCCUCGUCCUACUCCACUCAGCAUCAUCCCAGCCCCAUCGAGACUUUGCACCACCAGGCCAGCAGAAGAGAGAGGCCUCAGUUGAUCUUUUGACCCAGAUAGGUCGAUCUGUGCGGAGGACACUGGAUGACUGGCUUGGGCCAGAGACCACACACCUGGUUUCAGAGACCUCAUAUCAGGUGAUGUGGGCCAUCUCGUCAGCCAUCUCUGUGGCCUUCUUUGCUCUAUCUGGGAUCACUGCUCAGCUGCUGAAUGCCUUGGGGCUAGAUGGUGAUCACCUCACUGAGGGCUUCAAGCUCAGCCCUGGCCAGGUACAGACCUUCCUGCUGUGGGGAGCAGGGGCCCUGGUCAUGUACUGGCUGCUGUCCCUGCUCCUCGGCUUAGUCUUGGCCUUGCUGGGGCGGAUCCUGUGGAGCCUGAAGCUUAUCAUCUUCUUGGCCGGCUUUGUGGCCCUGGUGAGGUCGGUGCCUGAUCCUUCCACCCGGGCCUUGCUACUCCUGGCCUUGCUGACCCUCUAUGCCUUGCUGAGCCGGCUCACUGGCACUCGGGCCUCGGGGGCCCAACUGGAGGCCAAGGUGCGAGGGCUGGAGCGCCAGGUGGAGGAGCUGCGCUGGCGACAGAGGCGGGCGGCCAAGGGGCCCCGGAGCAUGGAGGAGGAGUGAGAAGGAUGCUCCCCACACCGCCUUCAUCAUACCAAAGAGCUGAGCUGCUUCUGGAUCGCACAGCCCUCCUUCCAGCCCCUUGCCCUUCUCUUGCCAUCUGAACCUUCAGAACCUGGAUCUCUGCCCCAGUCUCCCCAGCUUUUCCCUCUGCUGGUCCUCAGGGGCCCUGUCCUCUGAGGUUCUGUCCCUGGGGUUGGCUCUCAUCACCCUUUCUUUGCUACCAGCCUGUCGUAGCCAGGGCAGGUUGGAGAGGCCUCCCCUCUGGCUUCUGCAUCUGCUCUCAGCAAACCUCACUGCCAUCAGUCUCUGUGGCUGACCUUGCUCCCCUCUGCUGCUGCCUUGGCUUCUUCCUAAUGCUCUUGUACUCCUGUCCUUCUGUAGCUCCUCCUUGGUGAGUCUCCAGCUCGCUUCUGGUUUUUCUCUUCUUUCCAGCCCUGGACUCCCACCAAACCACAGUCCCUCAAAGCAUGCCUCUGUCCUUUUCAUUGCCAGCAGUGGGGAAGUGACAGGGGACAUGGGACCUGAGGCUAAGGGAGGAAGGAAACGGGAUCCCUUAGACCUGUGGGGUUGGAGGAGAGGAUGUACCUUAAGUCUGUUAAAAGUGCCUUAAUCCGAGCCAGCAGGGCCCCCUGCUUGCCCACUGCCAUACUGUAUGCAGGAAAGUGCACUGUGGCUGCUUUGUGUCAAGAAGAGAGCAGUGGCUCAGAAUCUUGAUUCCCCUUCAGCUAGAGCAAAAGAUGGCUGCUGCAAGUAAGCUUAUGCCUGCAAGUAGGCCCCUGCAGUGGCCAUCACAUGCCCGGUGGAAGCCUGCAAGGAGGACCCACUUCCUUGUCUACACAGUUGCAAGCUGUUCUCUAGCCCUGUCCCUCUACUUCCUGCCACCGAGGAGGAGUUGCUGAUUAGUGCCCACCCCGGCGGCCUGGGAGGAGCACAGGGCAGCCCUUCUCCCUUCCCAUGCUCUGUGGGGAGCAGGCUGAACCUGCCAGCUGACCCCUCUCCACAUGAGCAUUUGUUUUUGGCGGUUAAGGGUUACUUGUUCCUUUGAGGCUCUGGUGGAGGUGGGUGUCCUUCUCUGCCAGGCCUGGCACAUGAUGUGAAGAAUAAGUGCUCAAUUCUUACUUGUUAAGGUAUGAUGUGGAAUCACAGCUGUAGUGAUAUAUAUUUUUAUCAGUGCUUUGUUGGUUUUAAAUAAAUUGCACGCUAUUUUAUUACCUUGUUCUGAAUAAAAUGUAUUUACUCAA